AUGGCAUGCUUCAGCUCCAUCCAAGAAAAGACGAAAAAAGUCCUCGCCGCUGUCAAACCGGCAAAGAAUUCCAGAAACGCCAAGACCACCACCGCUGCCAAGACUCAGACUCCGACCAGUACAGGCUUCAAGGUGGUAAGUGGGCAGAAACUCGAGCGUCCGGAGUGGAUCCAGUCGGCGAUGGCGGGGUUGGAUGUCCCUGUCCCUGUCCCCGUUCCUUCUCCAGAGAGGUCAUCGUCGGCUAGGGGCGGACGUGAUGCUAAGAUGUCACGCGCCACCUCCGUUGAUGCUCGGGAGGUUACUGUUGCUGUUGCGUUGAAUGACCGGGCUGCUGUCCGUGCGGCUUGGAUGGAGGGGAGGGAAGAGAGCAGGUGGGAGGUUUUGCCUGGAGAUGAGGCGCUUUUGGAUGAGGAUGUCCUGCCUGGGACCAGAAUGACGCCGGUCCCUACUGCUGACGAUGAGGUGACGAGACAUGAUAGUGUCGUCGUCUUUGGUGUCGCUGGCUCGGACGAGAGUCGGAUGACUUCAUCGCCAGAGCCUGAGGCGUGGUGGGCGAAGGUGGCGAAUUAUAGCUCUACGCCAUCUUUCACCUCGUCUUCGUCGGCUUCGUCGUCGGUGGAGGAGGCCAGCUCACCUUCGAACCCAUCACAAGCAUCAUCGGACAGCUUCGUGCACUUGCCGGCCACAGAACCAGUGCGCUUACCCACCGACUCGUCGUCGUCGUUGUUGGAGCCAGGCCUGUGGAUGAAGCGUAGCGUGGCCUUACCAGCCAUACGCAGUUCACAGCAGCUUGAACCGGUUACCUCUCUGCCUUUCCCUCACCAGGUUGAGGUGGAGACGGCGGCGGUACCGAAGGCUAGGGUGGAGACGAAGGCCAAGUCUCGGUACCGCCAGACCAGGAAGUCACGACAUCAAUACACACUUUCAUCAACCAUGGCACCCUCACGAGCCGCCACCAAGAUCCUACGCCCGACCCUCCGCCCUACAACCCGCCUCACGACCAGCACAUUCUUGUCACUUCCCCAGAUUCGCCCCAUCUCAGCCUACGGCUACGAACAAGCCAAAGUCCUCGGCCUCUCCACCCUCGGCGAACCAAAAGACGUACUGCGCCUCCACGGCCACUCCAUCUCCCCCCCGCACAACGACCUCCUGACCCUCCGCUUCCUCGCCUCGCCCAUCAACCCCGCCGACAUCAACCAGAUCCAAGGCGUCUACCCCACCAAACCCACCUUCACCACCUCGCUCGGAACCGCCGAACCCUUAGCCGUGGGCGGGAAUGAAGGGGUAGCGGAGGUGAUCAGUAAAGGUAAUGGGGUGAAGGGGGUGGAGAAGGGGGAUUGGGUGAUAAUGAGGAGGCAGGGGUUCGGGACGUGGAGGACACAUGCGCAGACUACGGUCGAUAAUCUUGUGGUGAUCAAGGAUAAGGAGGGUUUGAAGCCGGAGCAAGUUGGGACGGUGUCUGUCAAUCCGAUGACGGCGUAUAGGAUGCUGAAGGAUUUCGGUGGGGGGUUGAAGGAGGGGGAGUGGUUCAUUCAGAAUGGUGGGAAUUCGGGUGUGGGACGGGCGGCGAUUCAGUUGGCGCGGUUGUGGGGGUAUAAGAGUAUUAAUAUUGUGCGGAAGAGGGAGAGUGGGAUGGAGGAGUUGAGGAGCGAGUUGAAAGGAUUAGGGGCGGAUGUCGUGGUCACGGAUGAGGAAGUCGAGUCGAAGGAUUUCAGGGAUCAGGUCAAGGAGAUCACAAAUGGAGGACGUGAACCCAUCCGUCUCGGUCUCAAUUGCGUCGGUGGACCGAUCGUGAACACCAUGGCCAAACUCCUCUCCCCCGGCGGCCACAUCGUGACCUACGGCGCCAUGAGCAAGAAGCCCGUCUCGCUCCCCACUGGCCUGCUUAUCUUCAAGGACAUUCACUUCGAUGGUUUCUGGGUCAGUAAGUGGAGUGAUCGCUUCCCCGAGCAGAAAGAGGCUUGUGUCAAGGAGGUGUUGGACUUGACUAGGCAGGGGAGAUUCAAGGAUGUACCUAUGGAUCCCGUGACGUGGAAUUAUGAUACGAAGCAGGAGGAACUUGUUACGGCCGUGCAGGGGGCGUUGGAGGGGUUCAGGAGUGGGAAGGGGAUUUUUGUUUUUGGGGAGACUUGA